AUGACAACUACGUCGGAUAAAAUAAUGAAUCGUACACAAGAUGGUUUUGUUCAUCAUGCAAAUAGUGGAUUGAAAAGUGGUUUGAAUACAACUGCUACUAUUACAUCAUCAACCGUAGUAGCCAAUACUAAUUUUGAUGUAAUAAUUAUCGGCGCUGGAUUUACAGGUCUUAUGGCUGCACGUGAACUAAGCCUAAAAAAUCGAAAAGUUUUACUUGUUGAAGCACGAGAUCGAAUCGGUGGCCGAACAUUUACAACUGAAUUUGAAAAUGAAAAAUAUGAAAUGGGUGGUACAUGGAUACAUUGGAGUCAACCUCAUGUAUGGGCUGAAAUCACACGUUAUGGUCUUUCAAUUGUUGAAUCGAAAGGUGCAACAGCUGAUCGUCUUAGUCUUUUAUUUGAUAACGGUUCUCGAUUAAAAAUGGCAUCGACAUCAGAUUUAUUUACAGAAGUUUGUGAAGUUAUGAAUACAUAUAGUGAUGUUGAUGGAGUUCAAGGACGAACUAUUCUUCCUUUACCACACGAUCCAUUUGCUGCCAAAGAAAUCAAUCAAACUUAUGAUAAAUUGUCAAUGCAAGAUCGACUAGAUCAAAUUUCAUCGACACUUAGUAAAGAAAUGUAUGAAUUUAUGGAUGCAUAUCUUUCAAUGAAUUCACAGUGUAGACUUUCGGAAAGUGGUUUUAUUGAUCAUAUUCGCUGGUGGGCACUUGGCGAUUAUGAAACAUUUCGAUUAUUCGAUAAAACUAGUCGAUAUAAAAUCAGCGAAGGAACAACUGCAUUGGCACAAGCCAUGCUUAAUGAUUGUCACAAUGUUCAAUUGUUACUUUCUACUCCAGUUGUUUCUAUUAAUCGAACAGAUGAUAACAAUAUUACAGUUCUCACACAAAAUGGACAAUUAUACGCUGGUUGUACAACAAUUAUUACUAUUCCAUUGAAUACAUUGUACAAGACACAAUUUAUUCCACCAUUAAAAUCUGAAAAACAACGUGCCAUUAAUGAACGACAAUGUCGUGGUGGUAGUAAGUUUGCUGUUAAACUUGAAGAACCAAUUGGAAAAUGGUGCGGUUACGCUCCUUAUCCCAAUCCAAUAACGAUGGCUUUUACUGAUGACGAAGAUGGUUCAAUUAUUAUUGGAUUUGGAAUGGAGGAUUUAAUUGAUAUUCAAGAUUUAAAUGCUGUUAAAUUUGAGUUAAACAAAUUUUUGCCUGAUAUUAAAAUCAAAUAUAUUAUUGGACAUGAUUGGCGAAAUGAUCCGUUGACUGGUGGCACAUGGGGAUGGUAUCGACCAGGUCAAGUAACAUCAAAUUUAUUAACAUUACAGGAAAAUGAACCACCACUAUUCUUCGCAAGUAGUGACACAGCAAAUGGUUGGCGAGGAUUUAUUGAUGGAGCGCUGGAAAGUGGACUUACAAUUGUUCGGCAUGUUGAACAUUAUCUUAACGAACAGACUGCAUGA